GAAGGGUGCAAGCUGUAGCACAGGAUUCGGCUCUCCCUCUGCUUUUGGGGAGGAGCUGCUCUAUAGGCGCUGUGUUUGCAGAACUCUGGUGAGGGGUUAAAAGGGGAGAUACAGCAUUAGACUCACCCAAACCUGGUCUGGAACUGGACAGAAUGUCGACCUCCAUGCAUUGCCAGGAGCUCCUCGUGCAGGGCCUGAGCUUGGCGAUGAUCUUGGGUGGAGUAAUGCACUUUAUAUGUCUAAUGAAGUCUCACGCUGCCUAUGGCCGCUACGUGGACACCUCGGGCAGCUCCAUGAUGGUGCCUGCAAGGCUCGCCUGGUUCCUCCAGGAGCUUCCCGCUCUGCUGGUGCCCCUGAUUUUGAUGCUGACCACGGAUGGAAACAACGGCACCGGGAGACACCUGAUGCUCUGGACCUUCUGCCUGCACCACUUUCAGAGGAGCUGCAUCUACUCCCUGCUGACCAACGGGCGGCCGUAUCCGCUUAACAUCAUGCUGUUAGGGAUGGUGUUUUGCUCUAUUAAUGGCUUCCUGCAGGCACACUAUCUGCUGCACUGUGCUACAUAUCACAAUACAUGGUUUUCUGAGGCCUGUUUACUAGCCGGUCUGAUAAUAUUUUUCAUAGGAAUGGGAAUCAAUAUUCACAGUGACCACAUUCUUCGCAGCCUGAGAAAACCUGGAGAAAUUUCCUAUAAAAUCCCGAGAGGUGGUUUGUUUGAGUAUGUGUCUGGAGCUAAUUUUUUUGGGGAGAUUGUAGAGUGGCUGGGCUACGCUGUUGCUACCUGGUCUUUACCCACAUUUGCCUUUGCUUUUUUCACAAUUUGCUUCAUAGGCCCGAGAGCCUAUCACCAUCACAGGUUCUAUAAUGAGAAGUUCAAAGAUUUCCCCAGAUCAAGAAGAUCUCUCAUACCCUUCAUCUUCUAAAGAGCCAUGACAGAUAAAUGGAGUUUUGUUCUGAUAGGAGGAAAGAAUUCAUCUUAGUUGCUACGAUUUACACCUGUAAUUUUGGUUUGUUUUCAUUACCUGAUUUAGCAUGCUGUAGGAAAGAUUCUACAAUUUAUGUCUUGAACAUAAUGGUUUUGACAUUCUGUAUGAUAAUGGAUUAAUCACAACAGAACACUUUACAACAACUUAGUCUUUUUGAUCAUUUGUACAGUAUGUUAUUGCAGUUGUUAGUGUAUUUGUGUGUAACUGUGUGUAAUUUGGUGUAAUUUGUGUAAUCCCAACCCCACAACAUGGUGGGGUUGGGAUUAUCUGUUUGCUUAACAGUAAAGAUAGCCUAAUCAGAAAUUUGCUAUUAAAUUGUGGUGAUGCUAACAAUGCAGUAUUUCACUUCAUAUUUUAAGUAAAAAAAAAAUAAAAAAAUAAAAUGAUUUAAGUAAUUGGUUUUAAGAUAAUCUUUUUCAUCAAGGAAAGAAGAAUAGCAAUUACAAAUUUUCUUU